CCUUCCUUCGCUAACGUGAGCGGAUAUACCGCCGCGCGCAAACGCAUUGUUUCCAUCGCCGAUUCUCCUGUCGUCUUCUCCGUCUCCCCCUCUUCCCCCAGAGAAAACCCUAACAAUGUCAUCUCCCUCUGUUGAAACCAAUCCAAAACCGUAACAACACGCUUACGCCCCAAACGACAAUGCCGAUCGCGUCUCAGAGCCUCCUCACGAACUUACCACCCCGCAUCGCCCUUCUCCUAAACCCACCCCUCAAAAACCCUAAUUUUUCUCCUCCAAUAACCUCUCGCCACAUCAUCACCGGACCACCUUUUUCGCAAAAUUCGCUCCAUCUCCAUAUAUCCCGCAACUCUGAUUUCAAGUCUAGCCAGUCAUUCUUCGCUCUCAGAGUAUACGAAAAUGAUUCCCAAUCUGCCACAGUAAAGAAUAAGGAUCCUUAUGAGUUCAAUUUAGAUUCUUUCCUUUCAGCUGCUGAAUUGUUAUGCAUUGUGUCAGCCGCUGUUAUUUCAGUUACUUUUGCUGUGAGUUAUGCACUUUCCGGGUGGAAAAGUGCCGUCUUGGGGGACAUAUGGAGGAGGGCUCUGGCUUGUGGGAUUGCAGGAUUGGUGGGUGGGGUUGCCAUUGGAGCAUUGAUUAGGAGGCGACAAUGGAAGAGGAUAUAUGUGGAUUCCUUAAAGGGUAAUGGGGAGAAAAUGAAUUUGGUUGAGAGAAUUGAGAAGUUGGAGGAGGACUUGAGGGGUUCGGCCACCAUUAUUCGGGUCUUAUCUAGACAGGUUGAGAAAUUGGGUAUUAGGUUUCGGGUAACUCGCAAGACCUUGAAAGAUCCUAUUGCUGAGACUGCAGCUUUGGCUCAGAAGAAUUCUGAGGCUACUCGAGCUUUAGCAGUGCAAAUAGGCAUCCUGGAAAGGGAGCUUGGUGAAAAUCAAAAAGUUUUGCUGGCAAUGCAGGAUCAACAGCAGAAACAGCUUGAGCUAAUACUUGCAAUUGGAAAGCUUGCAAAGCUGUGGGAAAGCAAGCAAGAACCAAGUGAGAAGAAAGAGACACGUAAUUUGACUGAGGAGGGAAGACAACUAGAAAUCCAUAAAAGUCGAGCUUCAGAUGUGAGCAAGGAAACCAUCAAUGACAGAGCAUAGUAUUGUGGAGCAGCAGAUCCAGAUUGAAUUUCUGUCAGUUUGUCGGUCUUUUUUCUUCAAAAGGCAGUUAGGCUUACAGAACUGAAGCUACUGUCGUCGGGCAUCAAUUCUCAGCAAGAAAAUUUUUGGUUUCCUAAAUCUGCCUUGGAAGGAGAUGAACGAGAUGCUAGAAAGGAAUGCAGAAAUGGUUAUAUUCUUGUUUGAGAGUAGCAACAUAUGAAAAGAGAAGCAAAAAUGCAUCUUGGGUUAUGCUCAAGCUUCUAUUUGUAAUGUAAUUUUGUUAUUUUCUUGUUACUCAAAUCACUUUUCUUCCUAGUAAACGUUUCUUUAUGAUUAAACAUCCUGUAAAAUCAUGCAGUGAACCACCUUACCACUCUGGAGAAUUAAAGCUGGCGGUGUCCAGGCUUGUAUUAUUAAGUUGAAGAGUGUUUCAAAUGUAGCACUUAGCAAAGUUGUUCGAGCAACAAUAUCAUUCACCCUAUUAUUUUUAAUAAAAAUGGAAGUUUAAU